GCUCCUUGCUAUACACUUGUCAAAUCCUUCCGAAACCCGUUAAUAUAUAACAUUAAUAAAUAAAUUGACCUUUUUUUUUUCCUGCCCUAAAUUUACGUGUAGAACGCCACGUGUUGACGAAAAGUUUUGGGACAGUUGUCCUGUCUUGGUUGAGUCUCGUUUGUGAAUCCUUUUUUUCUCUUCCUCCUCGACUUUAUCCUUUUGUAGUUGCUUUGACUACUUCGCCUUUUCCCCGCAAGCCCCCUUAGUGUCCGCUCAUAUCAUGGUCGUGCUACUAUAACAUACGACGCGUUUUCCAACAUGAGGAACAGGCGCUGGGAUAACUUUGUCUUCGUGGUCGCUCUUCACGUCUUGUCCCUGUCACCGUCUGCCGGCAGUACGAUCCCCAACACGUCCGACGGGAGUGGUCCAGGGAGGUCCAGAUUGCGGGGAGCCAUCUCUAAACUGGAGCGCUAUGCGACCACAGUGCCACUGCUGCUGGAGGGCAAAGAGCGCAGACCUCUAAGCCAGCUCACGUCCAGGAAUUAUCCUUUGUCGCUCCGGCUAUUGGUUCGUGCUGAAGGGGAACAGCUGGUCUUGGUGCUGGAGAAAAACGAGGGCCUGUUUUCGAACCAUUACACUGAGACACAUUACCUGGAGGAUGGAAGUGCAGUCACCAACGCUCACAACUUUACGAAUAACUGCUACUAUCAUGGAAGGGUGCAAGGACAGCCGAACUCUGAUGUCACCCUUAGUGCUUGUUCAGGUCUCCGGGGCUUCAUCACUCUUGAGAACAAGACAUUCCUCAUUGAGCCGCUGUCUGACGCUGACAGAAGUACUCACUUCAUCUACCAAGUGGGAGAUCUCGAUCUGACCCCAGGAAGCUGUGGCCAUGGUUUCAACAUGUCUUCUAUUGCCUCUGACAGCCACCUUAGCAGCCCCUUCCAAUCUUUCAGCACUAGGCAUAAAAGACACACCCAGAAGACAACCAAAUAUGUGGAGCUGAUCAUUGUUGCAGAUAACAGAGAGUUCCAGAAACAAGGAAAGGACGUGGAGAGGGUGAAACAAAGACUGGCAGAGAUAGCCAAUUACGUGGACAAGUUCUACAGGGCCCUUAACAUCCGCGUGGCCUUGGUGGGUUUGGAGGUGUGGAGUGACUCUGAUAAAUGUCCCAUCAACCAAGAUCCCUUCACCACCCUGCACGAGUUCCUGGACUGGAGAAAAGUCAAAUUGCUGCCACAGAAACCUCAUGACAACGCUCAGCUCAUCAGUGGGGUUUAUUUCCAGGGCACCACCAUUGGCAUGGCCCCAAUAAUGAGCAUGUGCACAGUGGAGCAGUCCGGGGGCAUUGUCAUGGAUCACUCGGACAACCCACUAGGUGCGGCAGUGACUUUAGCCCAUGAGCUGGGACACAAUUUUGGCAUGAACCAUGACACCCCAGAGCGAGGCUGUGGCUGCAGGAUGACCGUAGACCGUGGCGGCUGCAUUAUGACCCCCUCCACAGGGUAUCCCUUCCCAACAGUGUUUAGUACAUGCAGUAAGAAGGACCUUGCUGCCAGCCUGGAGAAAGGUGUGGGCAUGUGUCUCUACAACAUGCCUGAGGUCAAGGUGCUCUACGGCGGCCAGAAGUGUGGCAAUGGAUACGUGGAAGAGGGAGAGGAAUGUGACUGUGGAGAGCCAGAGGAAUGCAUGAACCCAUGCUGCAACGCCACCACAUGCACCCUGAAGGCAGGCGCCGUGUGUGCCCACGGACAGUGCUGCGACGAUUGCAAGCUCAAACUGGCCGGCACCCCGUGCCGCGACUCCAGUAACUCCUGUGACCUGCCAGAGUUCUGUACUGGUGCCAGUCCUCACUGCCCUGCCAAUGUUUAUCUGCAUGAUGGCCAUGCCUGCCAUAAUGUGGAUGGCUACUGCUACAAUGGCAUCUGCCAGGCCCACGAGCAGCAAUGCAUCACCCUGUGGGGAUCAGGAGCCAAGCCUGCCCCUGGGAUCUGCUUUGAGAGGGUCAACUCCGCUGGAGACCCUUACGGGAAUUGUGGGAAGGAUUCCAAAGGCUCUUUUGCCAAAUGCGAAGCGAGGGAUGCAAAGUGUGGUAAAAUUCAGUGCCAAGGAGGGGCCAACCGUCCAGUGAUAGGAACAAAUGCCGUUUCCAUAGAAACCAACAUCCCUCUCCAAGAGGGAGGCCGUAUCUUGUGCCGAGGGACCCACGUUUAUCUUGGCGAUGACAUGCCUGACCCUGGGCUUGUUCUGGCGGGCACUAAGUGUGGCGAAGGCAUGAUGUGCCUGAAUCGCCAGUGUCAGAAUGUCAGUGUGUUCGGCGUGCAUGAGUGCUCGGGGAAGUGCAACGGACGUGGGGUGUGCAACAACAAGAAGAACUGCCACUGUGAAGCACACUGGGCUCCUCCAUUCUGUGAGAAAGCAGGCUUUGGAGGUAGCAUUGACAGCGGGCCAAUGAGACUGGCAGCCGACAGUGUGGUGGUCACAGUGACCAUCCUGGUCACCCUGGUUAGCCUUUUGGGGGCAACCUUCAUCAUCUUCUUGAAGAGGAAGACUCUGCUACGCCUUCUCUUUACCAACAAGAACAGCAGCAUGGAGAAACUGAGAUCUUUGGAGGCAAACAGACCAACCAGCCCCACCAGAACCCAGUCGGUGUACAGAGCUUCCCCACAGCGCAAACCUCCACCCACACCCAGUGGAGCCAGCAUCUAUAAGUCGCCUCUCUUGAGCUCAGAGCCUCUUCUCCCUCCUCACAACUUCCACUCACACAGCCUACGCAGAUUACCCCUCUACCAACCCCUGCACAUCAGCCACCCCAUGCCUGUGUCCCUCAGCGUAGGCCAGCCCACCCUGCCACCCGUGCCAGCCCACCACAGGGUUCUGCCUGUCCAGACGUCCUAUUCACCACCGAUGGUGCCACCCUUCCACAGCCUGCCCCGCCAGCAGUCAACCUACAGGAUGGACCAGGACUUUGAGAAGCCCAGUCCACCCCAGAAGCCCUUGCCUGCAGACCCACUUGGGAGGAGCGCUCGGCUUGCUCGCGGCACCGUUGCAAUGGGCGUCCAGAUCCCCGGCACGGGACCCCUCGCUAUACCAAUUCCCACCGUGCCCAGACCUCCCCCAACCAUCUCUCUACCCAGCAGGCCCGUGCCCAUCUUACCCUUUAAACCGCCAAAGACUCUCAAGGACUCCUGAGCUCGAGGCACUGGCGGAGCAACACCCCUACCUACAGAUGGAGACAUCCUUUAUUUGCACUAGGACCUUUCGGACAGUCGGAAGCAUCUCGGAGUUCGGAAAGGGAAAAGGGGGCCGACAUCACACUUUGGUGCUAUCCCUCUCUAAGGUGCUAUGUUGUCCUCGCUCAGGUACCAAGUUACUAUUUAACUUUGAUAUUUAUUGUUUACCUUGUGCACGGAGCACUCUGACGGACACUUUGGAGUACACUGAUUUUCCUGGUGGAGUACAGGAAACUGUAAAACCAUACACGGUGUCGUCUAGGGAUAUUCUUUUACAUCCUUUUGUGAUUUUCAUACUGUAAGUGGGAAACAAGUGUUGUAUUUGAGGGGGUUGUAACCCAUGAAGUUGCUUGAAAAAUAGUGGACAAAGGAAUUUUUUUUUUGGACUAUGAUAAGAAGAGAUGGAGUACAACUCAGUGAGUGUUGGGUGUAACUUAACAACCCCACCGAGCAGUUUUGGGGGAAAAUGUAAUUUUUCAUUGUUUUACAUCAGUUGUUUAUUGUCUGCUCCAUUCAGACUGUCACGGUGGUAUACAGUGUAUAUUCAUCAAAGCAUCUUUUUAAAAUGAAGCGAAAGUGGAUUUAUGGACACGCUGCAGUUUUUAUUUACUUUUAAUUAUAUUUGACAGUGUUACUGUUUUUAUCCACAUGAGAUGGAUUCGAGAGAUUUUGGACCCACAUAAAAAGCAACUCUGACUAACCUUGAAUUUUUCAUCAUGGGAUACGUCUUGACAGCUCAUUCAGAACCCGAACAGCUAGCCAGGGCUCUUGUAUUCCCAUAUAAGUUCCUUUUUUUGUAGAAAUGUGCAGGCUUGAAAGAUGCUGUUCUCAUCCAAUUAACACCAAGCCUAUGACACACUGCUCUGGGUAUUUGCUGGCUCCCCCGCAACAAGCGAUCAUACUUGUGGAGCAGACUUGCAGAGUCAGUAAUUUGACAGACGGAUCAUGUGCCAGAUAAUUACCAAGAGGAAAACAAUACAGCGGUAAGCCUGGUGUGUUUUAUCCUGCAAACAUCUUCACACUAAGCUGAUACUCACUGUGUGAGCCAACGAGGAUGACUUCAGGGCUGUGACCAUCUACGUCCUACCUAGACUGAAUCCAAUGAGUUAUUUAUUUGACUUUUCUCUUUUUUUUUCUUUUCUAUUUUGGCUUUAUAACAUUCCAUUUGGAUUUUGUAUGGCUUUUUAAUAAUUCUCUGACUUGGUGAACGUUCGUCUAUUCAUAGCACUGCUUGUUGGAAACUGGACACUGGGUGUGUUGCACAUUGAACUUGGCACUUUCCUUGAGAUAUCCUUGAGAUGAAAUUACCCCCCCCCUUUUUUUUCCCCUCAGUUGUACCCAUCCAAUUACCCCACUCUUCCGAGCUGCUUCACCCCUUCUGCCGAUCCGGGGAGGGCUGCAGACUACCACAUGCCUCCUCCGAUACAUGUGGAGUCGCCAGCCGCUUCUUUUCACCUGACAAUGAGGAGUUUCACCAGGAGGACGUAACGCGUGGGAGGAUCACGCUAUUCCCCCCAGUUCCCCCUCCCGCCUUAACAGGCACCCCCAACCAACCAGAGGAGGCGCUAGUUCAGCGACCAGGACACACCCACAUCUGGCUUCCCACCCACAAACACGGCCAAUUAUAUCUGUAGGGACGCCUGGCCAAGCCAGAGGUAACACGGGGAUUUGAACCGGCCAUCCCCGUGUUGGUAGGCAAUGGAAUAGACCGCCAUGCUACCCAGACACCCCCUAGAUGAAAUUAUUUGAUUCGUUUGCUUUCUAUUAUUGAUUCACCCAUUGAAAAUCUUGUAAAACAAGUGUUCACUCGUUUUUUCUGUCUUAAGAUUGCGUCGGUGUUUAUUGCCGUCACAUCAAGCUCUGGCUAAUGCGUUGUGUUUGUCCUUGUAUGUCUCCUCACCGUUGUGGAAUGAGUUGGUCACUUCACAAAAUUUAGCAUCUGUAACGCCAUGCAUACUUAGGUUCUGUAGUCAGUCUGAAGUGCAAAUGUACUCACUCGCUCUUCUGUUGGAGGUAUUAGAUGUUUCCGUAACACACACCGAUAAUAACGAGGUGGACUUACAGCUCUCCAUUUGAAAAUAUUUAUGUUCAGUGCUGUGUCUUUGUUAAUCUUAAGUGUCAAUGCCAUUUGUAAAUCCCACAUGUACCGUGUUGAUUUGCAUAAGUGUAUGGUGUACAAUGUUCAAAAGCGGAUGUAAAUUGUAGAUAUUGUGUCAGUAAUCAUGUCUUCUUAAUUUUCCAAUAUUUUUUUUUGUAUUUUGGGGGGGGGGUUUGUUGUUUUUUUACAUAUGCAGAAAGCUUCAUUGAGGCCAUGCCCCA